AUGACACCCAGAAAGAAGUUACAGGGUCUUGUAGCUGCUACAGUCACUCCAAUGACUCCUGAUGGGCAAAUUAACCUUUCGGUGAUUCGUCAGUAUGUGGAUUACCUGGUGAGUGAGCAGAAAGUGAAGAGUGUCUUUGUGAAUGGCACAACAGGAGAAGGAUUGUCCCUUAACAUCCAGGAGAGGAAGCAGUUGGCGGAAGAAUGGGUGUGCCAAGGAAAAGACAAGUUGGAUCAUGUGAUCAUUCAUGUGGGAGCCCUGAGUCUGCCAGACUCACAGGAGCUGGCAAGACAUGCAGCAGCCAUAGGGGCUAGUGCUAUUGCUGUCAUAGCACCCUUCUUCUUCAAACCCACAAGCAAAGAUGAGCUGAUUGCUUUCUUACAGAAGGUUGCAUCUGAAGCCCCUGCAGUUCCAUUUUAUUACUACCACAUUCCUCCUCUGACGGGUGUGAAGAUUCGUGUUGAAGAGUUGCUGGAUGGAAUAAAAGAGCAGAUCCCCACCUUCCAGGGCGUGAAGUUCAGCGACACGGACCUCUUGGACCUUGCACAGUGUAUAAACAAGAAUGAGAGAGAACAGUUUGUCUUUCUUUAUGGAGUGGAUGAGCAACUGUUGAGUGCACUGGCAAUAGGGGCAAACGGAGCAGUUGGAAGUACCUACAACUAUUUGGGCCGAAAAACCAAUCUGAUGCUGGAAGCCUUUGCAAAGCCAGACCUUGUAUUGGCACGGAAGUACCAGUUUCUCACUGGGGAAUUUCUCAGCUUUGUCAUCAAACUAGGUUUUGGUGUUGCACAGAUUAAAGCUGUAAUGACUUUUGUUUCUGGCAUUCCCAUGGGACCUCCACGGCUUCCGCUUGUUGAUGCCUCCGAGGAGUUCAUUGUCAAGGCCAAAGCCAAGCUGGAUAGCACGGUGUGGCCUGAUGGCGACUGA